CAUCAUAACAUAUCAGUUACCAUCAUAUCAACCAAAAUGAGGUCACUAGUGUUUCUUUUUGCUCUUCUCUUUGCUUUGUGCACGCAUCCAUUUCUUGGUGAAGCUCAAGGAGGGCCAAUCAUGGAACUAGUGAUUGACACAGAUAACAAUACUCUCCAGGCCGGCAAGGACUAUUAUAUCCGCCCGGUCCCCACCAGCCCAUCCAUCAUUUGUCACCAGCUGCCAUGUCCAGUUGGCCCCGGCUUUGCCCUUCAAUCAACAACACCAAACAAAACCUGUCCUCUUAACGUUGUGGUCGUGCGUGGGACAGGUCAGGCAGUAACAUUCACACCGGUUAACCCUAAAACAAAUAGGGAAAUCUACACUAACUCUGAUUUGAACAUCAAAUUCGACGUUAAGUCGAAUUGCUCUGAAUCCACGGUGUGGAAGUUAGUGAAUGAUGCUUCCAGUGGACAAAGGAUUGUGACAACUGGUGGUGUUAUUGGAAACCCUGGAAAAAACACAGUUAACAAUUGGUUCCAGAUUCAGAAGGAUGAUAAUGAUUACAACCUCUAUUUCUGUCCUAAGGUUUGUGAAACUUGCAAGCCAGUUUGUGGGAACAUUGGUGUGUUUCAAGAUAGUAAUGGGAAUUCGCUUGUUGCUAUCACUGAUAAACCAUACAAAGUUCGGUUCCAGCCAGUAUCUUCUUAAAUCGAUCAAAUCAAAGCUCCAAUUAAUUAAUAAUGAUAUGACAAAUAAAUAAAGUAUUUGCAUGUGUAUUUCUUUGUUUUUACUAUAUAGUUUGUAACUUUGUGACACUGAUAUUAUAUUGUUUAGUGUUGGCUUGGAUUUGUUGAUGAUAUGCAUACAAG